ACAUGAUGUUCCUUAUUCUUGCCUAUAAAGGUGUGUUGAAUAUUAGUCGUGUUUAACUAACGUUUACUUACUUGCCUAGGCACAUAAACAUUUCAGAUUUAAACAGGAGGAUAUUUACCACAAUAAUGUACAUCUAACACUGGCCUUAUUCAAGUAUACAAAUUGUUGUUGUGCACUCUCUAUAUGAAGGUAGCCUACCUUGAGUAACUAAACACCAAAAUCUGUCGUUAAGCCCCUUAUUAAGUAAUAACUCCUCAUUAUUCACGGGGCUAAACAAAUCAAUCCUUGUCUUGAUUCUGACAAAUCUUUGCAAAAGUGUGAUUUUUGAUUAUUUGGUUGUAAAUGCCUACUCUUCUUGCCCCCCACUGGUUGAAAAGUUUGACAGAAAUGUGUGAUGCAAGAGGGCCUUUUUGAGGUAGGCUAUACUCUGAUGAAUCACAGGGAGAGGUUAUGUAUGAUAGACUAAUUGGCAGUAUUAAUGCACCUAUCAUUUCUAGCGUUUCAGGAAUAUUUAUAAUUUAAAAAAAUGUUUUGAUGAUAUAGAGGGGCAGCCUAUGGCUGAGAAUGGGCCUGUGUUGUUACUCUUUAAGACGUGGUUAAGAAUGUUCUGAUCCCCAAGUGAAAUGUGAAAUUCAACCAGGCACUAUUUUUAACAAGCUGGUUUGGUACACAAAUAGCCUACAGCAGUGGUAUUCCGGAUUACAUAAUAUGUCUCCAUACAGGGCUGGACUGGCCAUCUCGCAUACCGGGCAUUUGCCCAGUGGGCCGACGCAUUUUGGGGCCGGAUCGCCAAUAUAAUUGAUAGGCUUCUUUUUUGGGGGGUCAAUCAAUCAAUCAAAAAGUACACAGAGGUAACACAAUGCGCCUCACAGUAAAAAGGAUAAAAAAAAGGGGGAGGGGGGGUUAAAACCACAAAUAACUAAAUGUUCCAUGCAUGUUAAAUAAAUACAUUUUACAGUGAGUGAUAAGCAAGAUCAAAGAGGUAUGUCUUAAGUGUAUGUUUAAAAGUUUCAAUCGUUUCAGCCAUUCUAAGGUAUUCUGGCAGAGUGUUCCAAAGGCUGGGAGCAUAGAAACUAAAAGCUGCUUCCCCAUAUCUCUUUGUCCUGGCUUUUGGAACUGUUAGAAAUUCAGUACCGGAGGACCUCAGGGGUCUACUGGACAUGCUGGUUCAAGUGGAGUGCAAGGGAAUCCUGAAAUGGGUACGAGUACCCAUUAAGGAUGACAGCUAUGAUUACCUCCAAUUCAUCCAAGAAGGAACAUUACUAUGAUCCUCACAGUGGCCAGGGUUACCUGGCCUACAGAUUGAAGACGGUUCAGCGCAAAAGUUCAAGUGUCUGCAAGAGGAGCUCCAAGUCUGUUUAUCAAGAUGGCCCUAAGACCUUGCGCGAGACAUCAACAUCUGAGCAGUUGUCAGGUGAUGAAUGCAGAGAAGCGAUGUCCGUAAUAAAGCAUUCAGCGGACCGCCCAGUUGUCAAGGAGAAAAUGAAGGCGACAUUCAAGCACCGUCAGAAAAUGCUACAUGAUCCAGACCAGUCUUCACUCAUCCUAGAUUACUUCCCCAGAUUCUUGGAUACACCAGGCUUGAUUGACCAAGACUUCACAAUGCUUUUUGGAGAAGACAUCUCAGGCAAGUUUAUCGCAAAGUGGCCAACCUUCUACAAACCGAGGAUUCUCACUGUCUGCAAAGGCCUUCACACUGGUACUCCUGUGGAUGACCUUCUGUCUGAGGAAUCAAAUGAUUAUGGAUGGGACAGUGACUUGGCAGCUAUCCUCAUGCUCGUUCACAUCCUGCCUCCAACUGCAAAAGGAAAAAGACAUGGGAAAAUCAGUGCCACUGAAGCUGUUGACCAUGUGGUCAAGUUCAUGAAGGUGGGGACGAGCAUGGUGACCUUCCUUGAAAAGGUUGGAUCAGCACAGCCCUUCCUUCUCUGCGUUGGAGAAAAGAAGAAUAGUAUCCAGACGUUUUACGUCAUCCUUGACCAGAAGGCCAUUCCCUGCAUGGCGCAGACAACUGUAGCUGCCUUCGAUGAACUGUUUAAGGCGCACUUUGUGUUUGCUGUAUCCUAUGAUGAGGCCUUGGUCAACUUCUACACAUUUAUCCAAACAACGGUGUAUGGCAUUGACGUGGGCACUGCCAAGGAAAGUCCAAGGGUCAAGGAAAUCAGAGCGAGAGUUGAUAACAUAGAGGUGUGAAAAUGUUCACCUGUUAUAUUUGCAAGGAACAGCACAGAAGUUGUUCAAAUUUUUUUCAACAUUUGAAGUUCAGUCGUGGUACCUUCUGCGCAAUACUCCCUUGAUUUUUUUAGAUUUAGUUGACCAGAACAACAGUUAUUGGAACUUGAUUUUACUUUUGAUUCAGAUCGUCAACAUUGUAUUCAUCAUAACAGAUGGUAUGACUUAUUAUUUGAAGCAUUUAAUUUCUGACCAUCACAAACCUUUUAAGUUGAUGUUUACAGAUAAGAGACUGAACCCAAAGCAUCAUCUGAUGACUCACUAUCCCAGAUGUAUUACGAAAAUAGGUCCACUUAUACAUAUGUGGUGUAUGAGGUUCGAAGGGAAACACAACUUCUUCAA